AUGGGUCUGCGUGGUCGCGUGGGCCGGGAACAGUUGAAGCGUCUCCUGGUAGGUGUUACGAAAAUACUAAUUGAUGUUGCAGGAAGAUGAGAGUGAUGUAUGCUGUCGUUUUAUUAUUUAGUCCUUGCUAGGAUGAUGGUCACGUGAAACCCUCGAAGCCCAAACGGUUACGUGGACAGGUGCUGGGCGAGAAAGACACCAAAACUAGCAGAGAGACGGUUACGAAGUGUGCCCUCGCGGGUGCUCGUGAAGUUCGGACAGAAGAUGCAGCAGGACUUGAGACGUCCCGAACUGCCCUGAGGGAUCCUUUAGUUCGGGAUGCCCUUUGCGAAAGACUGAUGACUCGCAAUCUGUGCACUGUUAAGCUCGAGGGCCUUCCUAAGGGCUACAACUACCUAUCCUUGCUGAGCCUAGCCCCUGACAUGGCGGCCUGUCGCAUACCGCAUAUUGCGAUUUCCCAUCGGCCUGCAAGGACGGUGUUUCUAGAGUUCAGUUCUCACGAGUCAGCUCUGAGCAACCAGCGUAGGUUGGAGGGUAUGUCGUACAAGGAAAGGACUCUUAAAGCGACUUUGGGGAAGUUCAAUUCAGAGGACCCCGGUAGGACAUUUUAAAAGCUGACCCUCGUAGAUGAAUACAGUCCUCUUGAGAUUCGCGUUUCCAAUCUGCACAAGAAGACCGGCAAAGGAGAACUGACUAGGCACUUCCCCAACGCCACAGGCAUUACCAUGAAAGAUGUCAACAAAUCGGGCCGUUUCAAGUAUGAGGUUGGUGCUGCGGUUAUUUCCUUCGGGACACCCGCUGAGGCCAUCUCUGCGUUUGACGAAAAGCAUGGUUGUGUUGUCCGUGGUCGCCGCGUAUCCGUCAUGUUUGAACGCAAAAAGUCGCCAAAGUUUGUGUUUGUUUUGCCUUAUGUCUUUAGGUCUGUCCAAGGUCUUGUAGUGUACGGAUUGAAAAAGUGCACAAAGGAAUCUGAGGUUCGAGCUCUUUUCCCACAAGCAGAAGCCAUCGAAAUAUACCCGCUUGGAGGAUUCGCAAAGCUACGCUAUGGAACAGUGGAGGAUUGCAAACUGGACAAGAAAAAUGCGUUGACAGCCAAGUUCAGGGGCAGACAGCUUAAAGUCGUCUAUCUCCGGCGCCACGGUGUGGGGGACGAAGCUGAUAUCCGGCCCGUGCCACAGGGCCCGUCAACUUGCCGUGUCUUCGUCAAGAAUCUGGGAAGAACCGCAAAAGAAGAUCAAGUAAAGGAACUGUUCAAGAACGCAAAACUCGUAAGCAUGCCAAAGAAAAGGCAUGGGUGCAGGGGGUAGGUUGAUGUCUCGACUGUAUUUUGCCUGACGACCCAAAAUGAAUGCACGUACCAAUUGAGAUCCGCAAUUUUGCGCUAGUUUAAAAGCUUUCAUGUGCUAACCUUUCUUUGUAUAAAUGCGCCUGGGCGACUUAGCCUCUGUCCAUCCUAAUCCUUUAUGCCUGUGGGCAUAAAGUUUCGCUUAUGGACUAGAAUUAUUGGUCAGACUUGAACUUCUCUUUGACCGCACAAAAUACCUAACGUUUCCCCUUAUUCGCGGUGCCCGGAUUUCUGUUGUUGUCCAACAGAUUAAACUGGCAGCCGCAAGAUUGACCCGUGGAGCAGCGUGCUACAUGGAAUAUUCAGAGUCGAUAUGCCAUGCCUCCACACCCAUUUGGCGUUUAUUAAAUCAUCCUACCUCUGUGUUUGCAGGUUUGCGAUUCUGGACUUUGGAACGACUGAAAAUGCACAGAAAGCUCUUUCCAAGAGACAUGAACUAAAUUCCCGCGUUUUGAAAUUGGAGUGGGCUACACCAAAGCAAACAAUCGACUGACACGGUGAUGACUGUAUAUUUUGUACAUAAAUCCUGUUAACUUAUAUACAUUUGUCUUUCUCUCGUGCCCUCUGGUUCAUCACACUUGACUGAUGACACAUUUUUGUCUAGGAUUGGCACAAAAUAGUUCCCGUCCUCUUUCCAAAACACUGCCUGAACUUAGCCUUGGUAAAUGGCAUAUCCUCACCUUUAGAGGUAAACGAGCGUUUGCAGUCAGGAAAACUACAACUUCGUCCAGACACCACCGUGAUGGUCAACGCUGAGUACAUUGUCAAUGAGGCGCAGGUACUUAUAUCAAUUCUUGUUACACUGUCCAUGGUUAAAGUUCCGUUGUGAGACGGAGCCUACGCAGUGGACUAAAUAGCUUUCGGGAGUUACCGAGCUGGGAGAAUAUCUUGGCUCCAACCCCCCGUACAUCUGUACCGUCCCUACUGAGACCAUUCACAGUGCUUAGUAAGUGUGUUCUUUUCACAGGUAGAAGCAGCGGCUGUGCAAGCACUUGCGAAUAGGGCCUCACGAAAACCUCAGGGGAAGACUUCCUUCUCUUCCGAGUUUCUGGCCUGUUUACAUCCUCGCCACUCCAUAAACGAGGCUGUUACCGUUUUUGGUGUUAACCAGGAAACCAAGCAUGUUUUAUUCGUCGUUAUUUCUAUGGUAGGGGAGGAAAUUGUGAGGCUGGACGAUAUCUGUCAGUCGUUGUCAGCCGAACCGGAAGAAAUUACUUGCUUGUCCACUAUCGCGAAUAGGCCGAAAAUAUGUGCGGCCUACGAUGUCUCUGAUGUCGAACUGGAAGCGGCAUCGAGUGAGAACCUUGGAAUGUUGCAAAGUAUCCUGACGAAAAUGUCGGUUGGGAUGCUAGUGCGUUAA